GACGAUAUCCCCGCGCCUGCGCCGCUGCGUCUGCCGCACUCGCCGCCGCCAGAACCCGACUGAAAUCACAGACACACGGGCCUUCCUCGCCAGCAUCCCUCCAUCCAGCGCUCAUUCCCAGGGGAGGGGGGAGUAGCCGAGAAUCUGUCUGGAACCACGAAGAAGUUGCCGGACGUCGAGUGCUUGUAAUCCAGGGGUUUAGAUCUCCUCAGCUCAACCGAGAGCAUCAAACUUGCGGGAAUGGAAAGAAAGCGUCCAGGAAUGACCUCAGGGGCACGGAUGCCCCAUCAAGGAGCUCCCAUGGGGCCUCCAGGACCCCCAUAUGGAGGAACUCCACAGAUCCGGCCAGGGAUGCCAAAUCCAGCCCUCGACCCCAACCGAAAACGUCCCGCCCCGACCCAGCCUGUGCAACCUCCCUCUGUCCAGAACCGUUCCAGAAAGAAACCACUUGGAUUUCCGGCAGCAAAUGAGAUAUCAGCGAGACAGAUGGACAUGAGAGAAGCCCAGUCAGAUCCUGCAAUUGGAUCCAAUGCCAAGAGAAGAAAAAUGGCAGACAAGAUUCUCCCUCAGAGGAUUCGUGAACUGGUGCCUGAGUCGCAGGCAUACAUGGACCUCCUGGCCUUUGAGCGGAAACUUGACCAAACCAUUAUGAGGAAGCGGGUGGAUAUCCAGGAGGCCCUCAAAAGACCAAUGAAGCAAAAGCGGAAGCUGCGAUUGUACAUUUCCAACACUUUCAACCCUGCCAAACCUGACACAGAAGACUCUGAGGGCAGCAUUGCAUCCUGGGAGCUGCGCGUAGAGGGCAAGUUGUUGGAUGAUCCUGGAAAACAAAAGAGGAAAUUUUCAUCUUUCUUUAAGAGCCUUGUUAUCGAACUUGACAAAGAUCUGUACGGCCCUGACAACCACUUAGUGGAGAUAGCGCUGAAACAUGCGGCGAAAAUUGGGGAAACGCAAUGGCACCGCACCCCAACGACCCAGGAGACAGAUGGCUUCCAGGUGAAGAGGCCUGGAGAUGUAAACGUGCGCUGUACUCUCUUGCUCAUGCUGGAUUACCAGCCUCCUCAGUUUAAGCUGGAUCCUCGUCUUGCCCGUCUGCUUGGCAUCCACACUCAGACCCGCUCCUGCAUCAUCCAGGCUCUGUGGCAGUACGUCAAAACCAACAAGCUGCAGGAUUCUCAUGAGAAAGAGUACAUCAACUGUGAUAAAUAUUUCCAGCAGAUUUUUGACUGUCCUCGUCUGAAGUUCUGUGAAAUCCCUCAGCGACUUACCAACCUGCUGCUGCCGCCUGAUCCUAUCGUGAUCAAUCACAUUAUCAGCGUGGAUCCCAACGACCAGAAGAAGACCGCCUGCUAUGACAUUGAUGUUGAAGUUGAUGAUCCUCUUAAGGGUCAGAUGAAUGGAUUUCUGCUGUCCACAGCUAAUCAACAAGAGAUUGCAUCUCUAGACAACAAGAUCCAUGAAACUAUUGAGUCUAUCAACCAACUGAAAAUCCAAAGAGAUUUCAUGCUCAGCUUCUCCAGGGACCCCAAGGGCUACAUCCAGGACUGGAUCUGCUCCCAGAACCGGGACCUCAAGCUGAUGACAGAUACAGUCGGAAAUCCAGAGGAAGAGAGAAGAGCAGAGUUUUACAACCAGCCUUGGUCUCAAGAAGCCGUCAGUCGCUACUUCUACUGCAAGAUUCAACAGCGAAGACAGGAGCUUGAACAAGCUUUAGCGAUGCGAACGACUUAAAAUAACUCUCAGUUUCGAGUAUGAGCUGACAACUACUUUGUUUCUCCUUUGGCAUGGUCAGUUUAAUUCUGGUGGUCUCCCCAUUGGAUAGUUCUCCAUGGGCACUGAAGUAUUAGGCUCUCUCUCAAUAUUGAGAUCCUGACUGAUUUUAAUGGGGGUCAAUGAAAAGUGUAACUCUAUUCUUAUUUAAUGCUUAAUGUACAGUUCAAUGUAUAUAUAAUCUCACAGUACAGUUAGGGACUGUGGCCUGAGAAUGCCACGUUAAUACUGAUUGCACACAAAUGCAGCAACUAUUGUGAUUGUUUUUACAUGAGUUUUCUGAUGCACACAAGGUGCAGAUAUGCGGAGAGGGGUCUGGCUGCAGACUUGGUGCAGAUGCAAUCUGAGCUGCAUCCAAUGCUUUGUAUAGGCUCACCUAACCCCACUCCCUAACCCUACCACUCACAGUGAUGUCACUAGCUCCAUUGAGUGCAUUGUGUCUGACAUUGCAUCUCUGAGCGAUGCAAUCUCAGCUUGCAUCAUAAAAACUGCAUCCAGAUACUAUUGGAUACGCUCUGUGGUUUCAUUUGAAACAGCAACAUUACAACGAAAGGAACCUUAUGAUGCCUAGGAAACUUUUUAAAACAGUAAUGAGAUGUUAAAUGUGAGUAUAAAAAUGGAAUCUGUCGUGUUUUUUUCUACAUGUUUGAACCUUUCAUCACAUUGUGCUUGGAGUUUUCUUCUGUGUUUUUUCCGGUCUUUAUAUUUGCAUUGUGCAAGAGAGUUCAUGAUGAAUUGAAUUCAGCCAGCUAACUUUAUUUGCAAUAAGUGAAAUUUAUUGUGGCGAUGCGGUGGCGCAGUGGGUAGCAUAUUCGCCUCACAGCAAGAAGGUCGCUGGUUCAAGCCUCGGCUGGAUCAGUUGGUGUUUCAGUGUUAAGUUUGCAUGUUCUCCACGUGUUUGCAUGGUUUUCCUCCGGGUGCUCCGGUUUCCCCCACAGUCCAAAGACAUGUGGUACAGGUGAAUUGGGUAUGCUAGUGUAUGAGUAUGAAUGAGUGUGUAUGGAUGUUUCCCAAUACUGGGUUGCAGUUUUAAGCCCAGCAAACAAUUUUGUGUUUAAUAGACGUCUAAUAGACAUCUUAACAUAGACAAUCUGGCUAAAACAAGGUUAAACUUAGGCUGUCAGCGAAAAUCUAGUAGACGUCUAAGAAUAGCCCAAAAUUAGACUAAAAUCUACUAAAACCUUUGUGUAAAACAUAUGCUGGAUAAGUUAGCGGUUCAUUCCGCUGUGGCAACUCCAGAUUAAUAAAUGGCCUAAGCCCAAAAGAAAAUGAAUGAAUGAAAUUAAAUUUAUUGUUGUCUUUUAGACACCCUUAAUAAUUAAAAUAACACUAAAACAACAUGCUCUGAUAAAAUAAAGUAAAUCUCUCUCAUUUGUCAACCUUGUGUUAAGAAUACAGGUUUGUGUGUAUUGUUAAAACGAUUGUCAGACCCAAUGCUUAAAAUGAUAUUUGAAAAUGUCUUCAUUUUCAGAGGCUUUAAAUGCCAGUAAAACAAAGGAUGUUCUGAAUCUCUUGUGUGUUCAGAUAUACAAUAAUGCAUGUUGCAUGUGAUUAUUUUUAUGCAUUUUUAAGUGUUUCUUUUUUAGCAUGUUGCCUUAUUAAAUUACGGAGAUGCACAGCAAGCAUUAACCAAAGGUUAAGUACAGUUUCAUCAUCUUUGUGAAUGCCAGUAAAUGAAUUCCAUCAUGUAAGUAGAGUUAAAUCUGGUAUUGCUGAAUGUCAAAAGGUGUUCAUAUUCUGAGGCAUUGACCCUUUACCUUUUUACAAGACAUUCUUCCUGUGUUCUGUAUUUUAUUUUAAUGAAGGUGCAGUGUGUCUGCUAUUUUGAACAUGAUUAAUAAAUUAAAUACAAGUUCAUGUUCA